GGCUCGAGCGGCGCUGGGCCGUCCCCGCACGGCGGCGUGCACGGCGGCGUCCUCCCACGAGGUGCCAAUGUCGUACCACGCAGCCGCCAGACAGGAGGAGGAUGGCAUGGACUUUAUUUGGAACGAGUCGCCCUGCCGCGGCGGCCCUUUACACUUGGCGGUCCUCAAAGAUGAACUUCCGAAGGUGAAGGAUCUGGUGGAGAAGUCCAAGAGCCCUCUGGAGACUGUGAGGUCUCCCUUUGCCUUUCGGGAUCAUGACACGGAGCAGGAGGGCCGCGCCGAAGCGGUGCACAUCGCCGCCAGCCGUGGUCACCUUGAGGUCAUCAAGUACCUGCUGGAGAAACAGGCCGACCCCAACGCCUGUGUCAUGGUGAAUGGGAAGGUGAAGCAUGACGUGCUGCACGCCGCGGUGGCCGGCGAGGGCCGGGGCGGCCGCCUGGAUAUGGUGGAUUUCCUCUACUCGGUGUGCCGCAAAACCAAGGAUUCCGAGGGCAGGUCGCUCAUCCACAUUGCCUUUCUCACAGGUUCGCGAGAGAUCAUUGAGUAUUUGCGGGACAAGAACUCAGAUCUGAAGCACAUGCACAGCUUCCACGAAGAUCCCAGCGUGGCCAUCGCGAAUGAGAACGCUGGAGUUCACCCGCCCUUGUCCUUCGGUAUUCACGGAGGACAGAUGUCGGAGGAAGACCUCAGUGAAAUGGCACAGCCCACUGCUGGAUCCUUGAAGAUCUUCAUCGAUGAAUGCCCGCAGUGUAUCCCCACCUUUCUGCAGCGCAUCAGAGAGCAGGACUCGAUUGGUGCGUUGGAAAUCGCCAGGCAUCUGACCUGCCACGAUAUCUCGAAGGUG